UUCUCUCUCUCUCUCUCUCUCUCUCUCUCUCUCUCUCUCUCUUUUCUCUCCGAUUCUCUUUUUUCCUCUCACAUUCUUCAACAAUCAAGAACAAACAACACAGAAACCUUGACCACAGUUUCGAUAAAUCCUAAUGACGAAGAACCCAUAAUCGCAAAACCAGUACUGUUGAAUGCAGAAGAACAUGGACAGCGUUUAUGCAGAGCUGGAUGAAGUUAAAGCUGAGCUUGAGAAGCUCAGGACUGAAUACAAAAGCAAAGCAGAACUAUCCGAAAACUUGAGGAGAGCACACAACGAGCAGCUCAGUAAAGUCCAGGAGGCAAGUUUAAAAAUCGAGAAGCAGGCUCAGGAACUGAAUGAGAAUGCAGAAAAGAUAUCCGCAGUGCAGCAGAUGUGUGACGAUCUCAAAUGCAGUUUGAAAGAUAAAGAGUCCAUGAUUCAACAUCUCAGGGCUGCAAACGAUAGACUUCGAGUUGAUUGUGAUGAGAAGUACCGAAAAUUGGAAGAAACCAACAGAGUGUUGGCAUUGGCUUUAGAUGAAGCAAAUGAGAGGAAAAUGGAUGAAGAGCAAACAAUUCGUGCUUACAAAGAAGAGAUUCAAGGCCUCAAGGGACGUCUAUCUGAUUCACAGAAGAAAUGUUUGGAAGUAGAGAAGAAAGCUAAUGCAUCAAAAGAACUAAGAGAAAGGGAUGAGAUGAUUCGCAGAGUAGAGGAGGAAAAUCGGAAAGUUCAAGAUCAGCUAAAGUGGAAGAAGGAGCAGUUCAGGCAUCUAGAAGAAGCACAUGAGAAGCUCCGAGACCAGUUCAAGGAAAGUAAAAAAGAAUGGGAGAGGGAGAAGUCUUCAUUGCUUGAUGAGAUUUGUUCAUUGCAGACAAAACUGGAUUCUCAAACCAGAAUUUCAGAUGAUCUUCAAAAGCAGCUGAAGAUGUGCAACCAUGCCUUGGCCCAUGAAGAAAGCCGUAGAAAGCGUCUGGAAGUUCAAGUGUCUGAAUUCCAAACACGCUUUACAAGUGACUCUUUUGACAGUGAGGAUGAAAAAUCGCAACUGGAACGCUUGACUGCAGAGAGGGACAAAGAAAUUGCAUCUCUAAGGCAAUCUCUAAGCACAAAAGCAACACUUCACAAAGAAAUGGAAUAUCAAGCAGGGAAGCUACAGCAAGAAAAUGAGGAGUUGCGGAUGUCCCUCAAAGAACUCCAGGAAGCCCAAAUCCAAUCUGCACCAGGGUCACCUUCUUUGGCAAAGCUGCGAAGCAAGCUCAAAAGAUUGGAGCAGAUGCACAGAGAUUCUGUUGCAGAUCAUAGGGCUAAAGAAGAUGAAUGGAGCUCUCAACUGGAAAAUAUGACAGUGGACCUGAACAACUAUAAGUCUGAGUUAGAGAACAAAGAUGCAGCAAUAACUGGGCUCAGGUUAGAAUUGGAACAGAUGCAGAGAGACCUCACCUCAGAUCUCAGAGCUAAGGAAUAUGAAUGUAGCUCUCAAUUUGAAAAAAUGAAAGAUGAAUUGAACAUUUGUAAAUAUGAGUUAGAGAGUAAAGAUGCAGCACUAAAAGAACUCAAUAUGGAAAUGGAGCAGAUGCAUAAAGCCUGUACUACAAAUGGUGCCGAAGAUGCUGAGUGGAGCUCUCAACUUGAAAAGAUGGCAGAUGAUGUGAAAAGCUAUAUUUCUGAGCUAGAGCGAAAAGAUGCAAUGAUAACCGAGCUCAAGAUGGAAAUGGAGCAGAUGCAUAAAGCCUGUACUACAAAUGGUGCCAAAGAUGCUGAGUGGAGCUCUCAACUUGAAAAGAUGGCAGAUGAUGUGAAAAGCUAUAUUUCUGAGCUAGAGCGAAAAGAUGCAAUGAUAACCGAGCUCAAGAUGGAAAUGGAGCAGAUGCACAGGGACUGUACUACAUAUCGGGCCAAAGAGACUGAAUGGAGCUCUCAACUAGAGAAGAUGACAGGUGAUCUGGAAAGCCAUAUUUCUGAACUAGAGAGAAAAGAUGCAGCAAUAACCGCCCUCAAGAUGGAAAUGGAGCAGAUGCACGGGGACUGUACUACAUAUCAGGCCAAAGAGGCUGAAUGGAGCUCUCAACUAGAGAAGAUGACAGGUGAUCUGAAAAGCCAUAUUUCCGAACUAGAGAGAAAAGAUGCAGUAAUAACCGAGCUCAAGACGGAAAUGGAGCAGAUGCACAGGGACUGUACAACAUAUCGGGCCAAAGAGACUGACUGGAGCUCUCAACUAGAGAAGUUGACAGGUGAUGUGAAAAGCUAUAUUUCCGAGCUAGAGAGAAAAGAUGCAGUAAUAACCGAGCUCAAGAUGGAAAUGGAGCAGAUGCACAGAGACUAUACAAUUAAUCAGGCCAAAGAGACUGAAUGGAGCUCCCAACUAGAGAAGAUGACAGGUGAUGUGAAAACCUAUAUUUCCAAGCUAGAGUGUAAAGAUGCAGCAAUAAAUGAGCUGAAGAUGGAAAUGGAGCAGAUGCACAGAGACUAUACAAUUAAUCGGGAAAAAGAGACUGAAUGGAGCUCCCAACUAGAGAAGAUGACAGGUGAUGUGAAUGUUUUUAAGUCUGAGCUAGAGUGUAAAGAUGCAGCAAUAAAUGAGCUCAAGAUGGAGUUGGAAGCUUGUCACUCUCUAACUGUGCAGCUCAAGUUGCAAAACGAGGAGCUUUCUGUCAUGUUAUUGGUGUUGAAGCUUGGAAUCUCUGAGGCUCAGUUGAAGAUUUCAAAUGAGCGUUCUGAAAUGGUUCUGCUUGACAAAGAGAAAGAAGAGUAUAUAUCUCUUUUGAUGCAGCAAGUGGAGAUGAAGAAUGCUGCUCUGGUUAUUGCACAGGCAGGUAUCGAAGAAGAAUGUGAGAAGGCUGCAUUUUUAUCUAGGAGGAUUGAAGCUUUGGAUCUCAUUGAGAAAGAACAACUUCUAAUGCAGGAAGAACUUGACAGGUACAAGGAAAUGCUGGAGGACUCAUCCAAGCAUGAACUUUGCUUGAAACAGCAACUUUUGCAGAUUGAAAGUGUUCUAGAAAGAGAACGUAGAGAAGUUAAUGAUGCCUUAGAGAGAGCAAAUACUGAGUUGGCUGAGAAAAUCAGUGAAGGAAGUGAAAUUGAAAUGGAAUUGCAUAUAUGGAAGUCCAUCACUGAAAAUUUAAGAACUGAUCUUGAAGUAAGUCUGGCCAUACGUAAAGAGUUAGAAGCUUCUCUUCUUGCAGAGGUAGAUGUUGGGGAGACCAUCAAGCAAGAGAAUAAGGGUCUUCUUUGUGUUCUAGAAGAGAAAGACAAAACAGUAGAAAACCUCCAGCAGCAGAUCGUGUUACUGGAGCAGAAGCUCAAGAGAACAGAUGCAGAUGCAGAAAAUGCUGGUUCUGAACAAAUAGAGGCAGCGAUGUCCUUGGAGAAACUCCAGAACGAGGUCAGCCAGCUAGAGCAUGAAUCACUGAUGAAAGAGUUCACAGGUGUUUUGCUUGCCCAAAUUGGUGCAGAGAGACUAUUUGAGCAUGAGAAGGAGAAACUUAUCCAACUUGUAGAACAGAAAUACCAGAGAGUGAAUGAUCUUAUGCAGCUUGUGGAGUCCUUGGAGAAUAAGUUUAAUUGCUCAGUAGUUUCUCUCUCUUCACAGCUAGCUGAAAAACAGGCGGAAAUUAAUCUCAUCCAUGAGGCUUGGGAGGACAUCACUGCUGCACAGAUUAUGGCUGCAGUUGAAAAUGAAGAAAAGAAGUCAGUGAUUGCGGAACUUGAGGUUGAAAUCUGUAGUUUACAGACAAAGCUGGAAUCACAGCAGAAAUCCUUGUAUGAUUCACAACAGCGAGCACUGGAGUUUGAAGCUGAAUUGAAAACAAAAGAGCUGGAAGCGCAGAAACGGAGUGAUCAAAUGAAGACAAAGCUGAGAAAUUCAGAUGCCUUAAUUGAAGAACUCAAGAGUGAAAGAAGAAAUGUACUUGAAGAUGUCAUUAAGUUGUCAUCAGAAAGUAUCAGUCAGUUCUCCAGUACAGACAAACAACUGAGGGGUAUGUUGGAAGAGAUGGUGCUCUCUUUUGAAAACCAAGGUCCAAAAAUGGAUUUGGAAUGGACUGAUGAGUUUAUUGACCCAGAAAAAGAGAAUGUUUCUACGCCUACCAUGAUGAAGAAAUGUGAAGUAAUUUCUGACUUAAGAUCUCCAUUUAGAGACCUCAACACUUAGCUGCAAUGUGAAAAUGAAGCACGGAUUCUUUAUUUUUAACUUACGUGUAUUAAUUCAUGCGUAUGUAAUUAUUUUGUUUUUGACAAACAAUUUAACCACGAAUUUGAUUAACUGUUGUAAGUCCCCAAGUUAGGAAAUUAUAUUUCUUCAG